AUGGCUACUCAUUUGGGAAGGGGUGGAACCCGUAACAGGAAACGCAAGAGAGAGGAUGAAGGCAUUGCCCUGGAUGUUUCUGCCCCGGACUCUUCUCUUGCGACUACGCUGGUAAGGAGACCCUAUAACAUCGUUACGGAGAUACACAAGGCAAGGGAGGGCUACAGGAUAUCCUCAGUGGUGGAGAGUGGAGCUCCCAUUUGGACCUCUUCCGAUGGCCAUUCCUGUGACCACGUCGUCGUAAUAGUUGGAGAAAACAGGGCACCGACCCAUCUCAUUCUCUAUUUGACCGAUGGAGGCUUUAAACAGGACUGUUUGUACUAUGAAAAGAGAAGGGAAUGGGUAGGCAUCCAGGAAGAAGACUUUUACGGCAAAUUCCAUGCCAUGGUUAUCAUGAAGCUACUUGCCCUUUCCAUUUCAUUUGACACGAGAAAAAAGUACAACCCAAAGAUACUAUACGUCAACAAGUCCUCCAAGUUCCCCUUUGCAGUAUACGCUCCAAAUAGUAUAUGUCGCAUAAAAAGCGUCAAGAAUGGCACCGUCAUUUGGAAUGCAGGUGCUAAUGACCAAGGCUGCAUAUACGCCUCGUUUUAUCCGAGGGAUACUCCCACUUUGGCCUACCUGGUCAUUCACUCUUUGGGUGAACUCAAGGGUCUCUACUACUCCAAGAUGAGUGGGUCAUGGAAGUCUGUUGACAAGAAUGAGUAUCUGGAGGACUUGGCCAAGGCUGGCUUUGACAGAUCAAAGUUUAGCAACAGGAUAACUCUGGACAUAUCCAGUGUAGACAAUGAUCUGGUCUACACUUAUAGAUACAAUGUACAUGAAAACAUUACGUACAUGUACACUACACUUCCUGGUUUUUCACUUGAGAGGAUAGUUGAUGGAGUCGCUACAAUCUGGAAGGCCAAGGACACUGAACGAUGCACUUACAUCAAUGUAUUUGCUAAGAAGACGGGAUAUUUGGGGUUAUUUAUGUUUACGACUGACUCCACAAGCUGUCGUAAGAGUUUAUACUUUAGAAAGGUUGGUAAGGAAUGGAAAAAGGUUGACAGGAAUGGGUAUUAUCACAUUCUCGUAAAUGAUGAUUCUUCAAGGUAUACCCACCAGGGUGACGGUAAAAUCAUCAUGAGUAGCUUUAAGAAUAGGCAAGGUCUACGGAUUGCAACAUAUGCCUCCAGAGUUGAGAAUGCCAAGGGAGACUUCAUUUUGGUCCACGGAUUCAGGUCAUCUUUCAUGUCAGAGUUUGGCAUGUUUGACAUGGACUGGAAUUUGGAGCGGUUCGAAUAUCCGUCUAUUCCCUACGUUGACGGGAUCUUUAUCAACCACUGGGACCACUUGUACCAAACUUCUUCGUCCAUUGCAAGAUAUAAGCAUCUCUUUAACUAUACAAGUCUGGAUGGGUUGGAUGCCCUGGAGGUAUUACCGGAAUACAUUUACAACAACAGUUUCAUAGAAGCCCUUAAUAGGCUUGGCUACAACGUUUAUGCAAUGGACUUACAGUCCCAGGGUCUCUCUGGAUCCAUUAGCGAUUUAAGAUGCUAUGUGAACAAUUUUAAAGACCAUGUCUAUGACUUAAUGCAGUUUAUAAGUAUCGUCAAAAGAGGUAAAUUUGGGGAUCCUAAUGAACAGUGGGAUGAAGAAGCAGUUUACGAGAACAUUCCUACAAAUACAAAGACAUUCCUUUUAGCUCACUCAAUGGGAGGAAACAUUGCAGUUCAAGCUGUGCAAGAAUUUAACAAGCAUGCAAAGGAGGGAGCAAAGCUUAUAGACGGCCUUGUUGGUCUCUCGGCCAUGCUUAAUUUGGAUCACCAUUUAAACACCCCUGCGAGGAGACUAUUGAUGAAAUUCUCCAAGCUAUUAGAAUGGCUAGUUCCAAAAACGUUCAAUCCCUGCGAGAAUAUAGAAAACUAUGGGGAGUCGUUUGACUUUAUAAUGAGAUUUAUGAACCCAUUUCACUAUUCCGGGAAAUGCGCUAUAAAGCCAUAUAUAUCACUAUUUACUGCAUGUGAUGAUGUUAACAGGGAGGACAAUAUGGUAAACUACCCGAAGGAUUUGCCGACGCUAUUUGUGCAUACUAGAGACGAUUACGUUUGUGGAGUCCAGGGCCCUAGGGACAUGAUGACUAGGCAUUUAAAGGGGAGCAAAACGGCCAAACUUGUCGAACUAGAGGGAACAUGUCACUAUUUAAACGCUUACCAAUCGAUAUCCAGCGUCAUGCCGCAUAUCGACAGAUGGCUAGAGGAACUGUCUACAAAACCAUCACUUUCUGGAAAUGAAGUUUCAACCUCUGGCGAGUUAAGAAAUCAAUACUAUGGCGAUUUUGAGCAUCUCAGAGUUGCCUUAAUGCAGUAA